GUAUAUCGCAUAGAUGUUACACAAUAUAUGCUUCCUGUUCCCACACAAAAUGACGACAAUAGGGUGAGGAAACAGAAAACUAAUUUCCGUAAUUUCUCAAUGUUCCUCGUUUUUAUAACUUCUCUUUCAGCUUUCUGAGCUGUGUGUGUAUGUGUGUGUGUGUGAGAGAGAGAGAGAGAGAGGAUCAGAGGCGACAUGGCCAGAACGGUGUGUGUGACGGGAGCGACGGGGUUUGUGGCUUCGUGGUUGAUCAUGAGGCUCCUUGAACGUGGCUACUCUGUCCGAGCCACUAUCAGACCUUCCACGGAUGGCAGAAAGAGAGACCUAAGCUUCCUGGAAAGCCUGCCCGGCGCACCAGAAAAACUCCAGAUAUUCACUGCCGAUCUCAACGACCCCGAGAGCUUCAGCGAAGCCAUUGAAGGAUGCACAGGUGUCUUCCAUGUUGCGACCCCUGUGGACUUUGAGGACAGGGAGCCCGAACAAGUCGUGACACAACGUGCCAUAGAUGGAACUCUUGGCAUCUUAAAGGCGAGCCUGAAGUCCAAAACUGUAAAGCGAGUAAUAUACACUUCGAGUGCAUCUGCUCUCUGUGUGAAUACCACAGGGGCUGCUACGAUGGACGAGAGUCAUUGGAGUGAUGUGGAAUACAUUAGGGCCGCGAAGCUGAAUCGAGGGUCAUACAUGAUCUCAAAGACCUUGACAGAAAAGGCUGCAUUGGAGUUUGGAGAAUCGAAUGGACUGCAUGUUGUCACAAUCGUUCCCCCUUUUGUCACUGGUCCGUUUGUGUGUGAUAAGCUCCCGGAUUCUGUUCGUAUUUCAAUGGCUAUGAUAUUUGGUAACCAAGAUGAUUAUCCCUACCUUGGUCACACAUGCAUAGUUCAUGUGGAUGACUUAGCCAGUGCACACAUCUUCCUCUUCGAGCACCCGUGCCCGAAGGGAAGGUACAUUUGCUCCUCGGACGUCAUCACACCUGAGAAGAUGUCAAAGUUUCUCACAGAGAAGUACCCUAAUCAAUUUCCCGUGGCAUGUCAACUCAAGCAAAUUAAAGGGUAUGAAAUCCCCAUCCUCUCGGCAGAUAAGCUCUUGGAUUCUGGGUUCGAAUUUAAGCACGGAUUCGAGGAAACAUUUCAUGGAGCAAUCCAAUGCUGCAGACAGAAGGGAUAUCUAUAAUAAGAAGCUUAUAGCUAAGGAAAUGAUGCUACGCAGUCUUAAUGUUCCACCGUUACCGUCGGAGAACAUUUUGUAAGUGAAAUGAAAUAAAUUUUCAGUAUGCAAGCGAAAUGUUAUUAUUGUAUUAUGGAAAUCAAAUUGGACCGGCCUGGGCAUCGUGACCGUCUGGAAGAAUCAUCAGAUUUGUGAAUAAGGUCUCUUUUGUAAGGAUCGGCAGUGCAUGUUCUUAUUUUUAUUGAUUACAAUACUCUAUUCUUAAGCAAAUUAUAUCGCACCAAUUACUCCGCAAA